GACACUACACGUAUCCUCGGUUCGAGGUUGAUAUAGUUUCAAGGAGGAGCGACGCGACUGCCCUUCUAAAAGUGAGAAAAAGGGCGCGGCAGAGGCAAGAGAAGAAAAACGAGAUUGAGCUUGCAAAAGCAAGAAAGAAGCAUCCGAAGUCGUAAAAUAAGCUUGCAAUGAGUACACAAGGUACAGACAACAACUGCCUCGGAUGGGCGGCAAGAGAUGCAUCUGGAAUCCUCUCACCAUACAAAUUCAGCCGCAGGGUUCUUGGAUGUGAUGAUGUCUCACUGAAAAUAACGCACUGCGGAGUUUGUUAUGCUGAUGUCAUUUGGGCAAGGAAUCAACAUGGAGACUCAAAGUAUCCUUUGGUGCCUGGGCAUGAGAUCGUGGGUAUUGUCAAAGAGGUUGGUUCCAAUGUUAACCGCUUCAAAAUCGGUGACCAUGUUGGUGUUGGAACAUAUGUCAACUCAUGCAGAGAGUGUGAAUACUGUAAUGAUAGACUGGAAAUUUAUUGCACAAAGUUUCUAACUUCUACUUUCAAUGCGAUUGAUGUGGAUGGCAUGAUCACGAAAGGGGGAUAUUCCAGUCAUAUUGUAGCUCAUGAGAGGUACUGCUAUAUGAUACCUGACAGCUACCCAUUAGCUUCUGCAGCGCCAUUACUAUGUGCAGGAAUUACAGUGUAUUCCCCUAUGAUGCGCCAUAAGAUGAACCAACCUGGUAAAUCUCUUGGAGUGAUCGGCCUUGGUGGGCUCGGUCAUAUGGCUGUGAAGUUUGGAAAGGCUUUUGGUCUAAAUGUAACAGUAUUCAGUACAAGCGAAUCCAAGAAAGAGGAGGCACUAAAACUCUUGGGAGCAGACAAGUUCAUUAUCUCAUCUGAUGAGCAGCAGAUGAAGGGCGCAGUUAAAUCCCUUGACUUUAUAGUCGACACUGCGUCUGGCGAUCACCCAUUGGAUCAAUACAUGCCACUCCUGAAGACUGGUGGGAUUCUAUCCCUGGUGAGCUUUCCAAGUGAAAUUCGACUCAGUCCUGCGAACCUCAAUAUGGGUAUGAAAAGCAUUUCUGGAAGUCUUACUGGUGGUACUAAAGAGACACAGGAAAUGAUAGAUUUCUGCGCUGCUCAUAAAAUUUACCCAGAAAUAGAAGUCAUUGGGAUUCAGUACAUAAACGAAGCUCUUGAAAGGCUGAUAAACAAGGAUGUGAAGUACCGCUUUGUGAUAGAUAUUGAUAACUCCUUGAAGUGAAGUUGUUAUACUGUGCAGAAGAAUGGGCUCUUGGAGCUUCCUUACAUUUGAAAUGAAAGUUUAAUUACGUUGUGGUUAUGCAUUCUGUAUUCAUAAUAAGUUGUACUAAACAUAAACCAUGGUAUUUGGAUUAAAGUUGAAAGUUAAAAACA